CUUUCUCCAACAAAACCAAAACUAAACUGGUUUGAUAGAAUAUAUAUAAAACAGUACUAUGAAUUCCCGGGGAGGUUGUUGUAUCGCGAGGUACGGUGGUGGUGGUGGUGGAUAUGAUAUGUCGAAGGUUGAUCGGAUUAUGCUCCGGUACCGUCCGAUUGCACCGAGACCUGAUUCCGGUGGAUCUCCGUCUUCACCGACGGAUAAAAACGGAUCGGCGUUAACGAACGUUUCGUCUAAAUCACGGCGAGGUAAGAGAAAAUAUUCAAAGGAGAAUAACACUAGCAGUAGCGGUAGCGGAUCUGUUAACAGUAACGGUAACAGCAAGAGACGGAGAAACGAAGAGACGAAGAGCGGAUCUGGUGGUUUCGGUCGUGAGAUCGUGACGCUGCCUCUUCUUUCGGAGGCUCCUGAGAAGAAAGACUUUUCUCCGUCGCAGACUAAGGCGGCACCGGAGUUAGGUGCGGCAGCGUUGCGGCUGAGUUUUAAUGACGGAGGUAACUCUAUCAGACGUUAUCAGACGGAGUUAACGACGGAGACGGUUGUGUACUCGUCGUUGCUGACGGUGGAGGGUGUAACGGAGAGAUGGGUGGUGAAGGAGGGAGAGUAUGAUGAGUUAGGGUGUACGGACGAGGAGAGGAGGAUGAAACUAGAGAGAGACACGUGUCCGGGUUUUAUAUCUGACGGUUCAGGGAGAGUCAUUUGGACUAACGGGUCGUACAAGGAUUUGGUUGUUGGGAAAGAUCAGGAGGAGAAGCAGUGUGGUAGUAAGAUGAGUGUGUGGCUUGUGAUGAAGGAGAAACCUUCGGUAACGUACCGUACGUUCACAUGUAGGAUGAGAUUGCAGUACACGUGUCGUGAUAAGGAGGUGAGUUCGAUCACUUCGUUCUGUGAUGUUUGGAGGAUGAGUGACGGUGGUUUUGCGUGGCGGCUUGAUGUUGAUGCUGCACUGUGCCUCGGACGGUGAGGGGUUGGAAGAGUUUUUGGCCGUUGGAUGUUAGAUUGAUGACAUGAGGAUACUAGUACUUAAUAUGUAGCGACAUGCAAGUUUAGAGAUCUUUGGAACUUUCAACUUUAGGAUUGUACACAUUUCGCAGUUUUGUAGCUUUUGACAUCUUGAUCUUAUUUUCUGUUUUGCAGUGUUUCGCUUUUUUUCUUUUUUGGGUUUGUAUAAAUUCUUGGUUACUCCACUUGGGUACAUCUUUUUAUUGGCUCCUGCUUAGGCU